AUGGAGGUCAGGUUGAAUCAAGAUGUUAUAUCGCGUUUACAGGAAGUUUGGGCGGAGAUUGGUCUCGACGAAGCUGAACGAGUUCGUCGGGUGGAGGCUUUGCGCGAGCAGGUGAUUCGUGUAUACGUGGAUACGCUGGAAAGUGCGGCGGAUGAGCGGGAUACCCUCGAAAAUGAACUGGACGCCGCUGAGGCACUGCUGCUGGAGCUGCAGGCGGAGGUCGCCGCUGCUCAAAAGAGCGCUCCUGCAGCAUGGUUGCCUGCUGAUGUGCUGAGCAGUAGCCGGCGUACGGUCGGUGGUGACAUGACGGAGCGACAAUGGGGGGCCGCCUCUGCUGCCAAUAAUACCAUAGAGCUGUCGACGACUUUUGGCGCCGGCGGUUUGGGGCAUACUGCAGCACCGGACAUGUCCGUGAGUUGUACGUUGCCGGAUGAGCCCUCUCUGCGGCGUGAAGCGCCGACUGUGGAACGUCUACUGCCUGGUGCAAGCACGAAUCCUGGGCUCGCUCCGCAUGAGCGAUCCGGUCGCUCUGGAGACUCGUCCGGUCGUCAGGGCACUUUGCUACAGUGUCUGGACGAGGUUUCACGCCAAGUCGCUGCUUUGGAAGCGCAGAAGCGACUCUUUGUCGAGCGUCUCGGUGAGCUGCAAAAACGUGUUUUGACGCUCUGGGUUGAUGAACUCGGCGAAGUCGUUGAUGACUUGCCCGAGGAGUACCGGGACGCACUCGUGAUCACGGGGAGUCGGCGCACCCGCGACGUACCGUCCGCAGUCGAACUCGGGGCAAAUGUAAGCCCAAGUCAUGAGGCUAAUUUUACGCAGAUUACCACGAUUGCCUCCGACCUGAACAAUCCCCUUCGCAAGAUUUCCAUUCGCGAAUAUGGGCAGCGCAUUCGUGCGCUUGAGUCGAAGAUUUCGGAACUGUUAGAGCUGCGCCAGCAACGAGUGCAAACGAUUGCAUCGCUACUUGUGUCGAUCAGAGGUCUUCUUCGGAGACUCUGCAUAGUGUCACCCGAAGAGACUGAAUCAGAACUCGAUCGUCUUGCACUGACCUUUGACGGUACGCAGGAGCCGCUGGGUGCCUCUCUUGUUUCCAUUGAUGUUUUGACCGCGCGGGUAGCGUAUCUGGAGCGGGAAAUUGAAUUGCGGGUCGAAGAGCUCGAUCGAGUAUCCAAUAUCGCCGCUGAGCUCUACAAGGCGCUACGUUAUCCCGCGGAGCGCUUUAGUGCAUUCCAAGCGGAACACAGCACUCUCAGCAAACACAGCUUGGAAGCAUGGCACAGCCAUGUGGAAGAAUUGCGCGCGACUCGCGAGAAGCGCCUUCGAGCUCUCAUUGCCAAGGAGAAAGAACGCCUGACCGCGCUGUGGAAUGAGCUUGACAUCGCACCAGCGCAGCGGGUCUCGUUUGCUUUCUGCAGCAACGAUGAAGCGAGCGAGGAAGUUCUCGAAGCCAUAGAGCAGGAAACAUCGCGUCUCGAGUCCAUUGCAAGGCGUAUUCGUCCGAUCCACGAGCUUUUGAGGCGCCGCGAAGAAUUGCUCGAAAAGAAGAUGGAGCUGGAUCGAGAGAUGCAGAAUCCGGAGCGCCUCUUUGGUCGCAGCGGCGGUAAGCGCAUCGUAGGGGGCCUUCUCCGCGAGGAGCAGCUCCGAAAACAGGUGCGUCAGCUACCCAAAGUGAACAAUGUGUUACGCAGUUUACUGGAGAGUUAUGCGCACGAAUUCCAGAAACGUUUCAUACAUAAGGGUGUGGAUAUUUUGGAGCGCCUUCAACAGGAAGAGGCAGCCGAGGCUGCCAUGCGCGUGAGUCGCAGCGGUCAACGCGAAACGCCCACGAACGCGAACAGCGGAGCAUUUGUACCGGUUGCUACGGUCCCCGCGAACGCGGCCUCUGCUGCCGGCAGCGCAGGUCGGCUUGCUGCACCGAGCAACGCCACGAGCGCUCGUUCGACCCCGACCCCAAGGCCGAAUGCACCAAAUACAUGGAAUGGAACGAGUGCGAAGAAAGUGCUCGCAGCCCAAGUUCGCAAGCGCGUGGAAUCGAAACACGAUGCGAAUACUCCUUUCGCGGUAAUCGGACAAGCGAAGACCACCACUGCGCUGGCGGCUGCAAGUGCCGAAGUCCCGGGCGCAUGGUGUGCCUGGCUUUCAGCGGCGGGGCCUGCGAACCAGCACCAUGCGAUAGCUCGUGAGGGUUCAGCGGCACCUUAUAGUAUGUCCUGUAGAGCGCCUAUGAUUGGAGAUUUGCGAACGCCCCAGUUUGCGUCAAAGGUAGCAGAUUCGCCACAGAGUCCUGGAGUCGCCGGAAUCCGACCUCCGGGUGGGUGCGCCAACCAGAGCACUGGCCAAAAUGACCGCUGCUUCACCGAGAAUGCGUCUUCCAGCAGCGGCACUGAAAUGAGUACGUCCAAUAGUCACGGUUGCGUUCAGGGCGGAAGCGUCUCUGAGCGGUCAACACGGACGCUCGAUCGUUCCCCUGCACAGACCACGCCCACUGAGCGAGCAGGGGCAAAGCUCGCGGAGCACUCGUACGGUUCGAGUGCGGCAGCACCGUCCUUCGUCGGUGUAGAAUACAGGAGUACCCCGACUGGAAAUUCAGCGCGGCUUAUAGGGUCACUCCAUUCGUCCCAAAGCGAUGGUCAUCACAGCGGAGGCAGCGCGCCGUCGUUAAGAUGCGCCUCCGAGGCGAAGCUCUUGGACCCGAGUCUGUCGUCCGGCACGUCGGUGUCCGGCUCGACGUUAUCGCCUUGCAGGCAGUCGCAAGGAACGGAACAUCAGCAGCAGCAGCAGCAGCAGCUCAUGGAAGCCGGAAUGCAAACGCACGAGCACAACGCGCCCGCGCUUGAUACCACGAGUAGGGCGUCGCAUAUCGAAACACCCUCGCGUCUGUCACAAGAGAAAAAACGAGCUGUACAAACUUCAGACCCUGAGUCCGACCAGGAAAACAGUAGUUUGCAAGCGAAUGUCGCGGCCGAGCAGUCGUUCCGACCGGUCGAGACCCCGCGAGCUAUCAAGGGUGUUAGCGACCGCGGUUCGCCCCGGCUCCAAGAAAGCGAUCUCACGAUGAACUGCAUGCCGAAAAAGCGUGUGCGCUCAGCGUCAUCGGCGUCAUCGGCGUCAACUUGUACACCGAAUACCACGAAAAUGAAGUGUACCGCCGUCGACAAUCAGGAGUGCACGACUGGGAUGCCUUCGAACGCCCCGACGAGGGCGCAUUCUUGCGCCGAAGACUCGCUCUCGGAGCAGCCGGGCUCGACACAUUCGAGCACCAGGCCACCUGCGGCGUCUGGGGAGCCCUAUCCUGUUCAGUUUUCAGCCGACUUUCCUUGUGCCGAGUCGCCUAUCCGCUAA